AUGUUCACUCUCCAGCGUCCACGUCAGGAAGGCCACAUUACACCAUGGGAGGUGUUUGAGUCCCUGUACACUCCAGGCGAGCUGCUGGGCGAAGGAGGCUUCGGGAGUGUCUGUGCAGGAGUCCGUAAGGCUGAUGGAAAACAGGUUGCCAUUAAAUAUGUGGGAAAGGAAAAGAACGAAGCUUUCAUCACCGUUCCUGGAGAGACAAAGAGCCUUCCCCUGGAGAUGGCAUUAAUGCAAAUGGUGUCCAAGCUAAAUCGGCAUGAGAAUGUCUUGGAGCUGUUUGAGUGGUUCGAGAUGUCGGACUGCUACAUUUUGAUCUUGGAGCGACCCAGCCCCUGCACAGACCUCUGGACAUUCCAGGAAAAACACGGUUGUUUGCUGUCAGAACCACUGGCACAACAAUUCAUGCGCCAGGUGGUUCAGGCUGCUCGCCACUGCUGUGACUGUGGUGUCCUGCACCGUGACAUCAAGCCAGAGAAUAUUCUAAUCAACACCGACACGCUGCAGCUGAAGCUGAUAGACUUUGGCUGUGGUGAUUUGCUGCAGGACACCCCCUACAGAUAUUAUGCAGGAACGGAUGCUUACUUCCCACCUGAGUGGUUAUGUGAGGGAGAGUAUUUCGGUGUUCCUGCUACCGUCUGGAGUCUGGGAGUUGUUUUGUUCAUCAUGGUGUGUGGAGACUAUCCUUUCCAAUGCGAAGAAGACAUCAUUAACCGCAACAUGCACUUCCCUGAGGGCCUGUCUGAAGGUGAGAAAAUCCAAACCCAUCAAGUUUCGACGUUUAUUUAG